AUGGACGAUCACGGCGACUUCGACAGUGUAUCGUGGCAACGGGAAGAUACACAGCAAGCGGAGUCGUCUGUUCCCUUUCACGCCGACCUACCGACCAGGCCUGGCAAUGGCCGGAGAAGUGAGAGUAUGUCUAGCGAGCCACAGGCAGGCGAGCAAGCCGAUGCGGUCGAUUUGGCAGGAAUAGGCCGGGACGGGAUCCUGGAAGUCACAGUGGACAGCCCAUUGAAGGAGAACGAUGGUACGAAAGACGCAUAUGUCUCAUAUUUGGUCACUACUCAUACGGACUUCAAGACAUUUCAAAAGACCGACUUUUCCGUCAGACGACGCUUCACCGACUUUGUCUUCCUCCGACAGACUUUACAUCGAGACUACCAAGCAUGUGCAGUACCUCCACUGCCGGAGAAGAAUAACAUGGCGUAUGUGAGAGGGGACCGAUUCAGCCAAGAGUUCACCCAGCGACGAGCCUGGUCGUUGCACCGGUUCUUGAAGCGUUGCACUCUACAUCCCGUACUGCGAAGGGCGCCCAUACUCCUGCUUUUUCUCGAAACCGCCGACUGGAACUCUCAAAUGCGCUUGAGGCCGGCAAGAGGUACGGUCACGGGAGAAAGCGCCGCCAACGCGGCCGCUGCAUCCGGGUUCUUCGAUAAUGUCGCAGACACCAUGCUCAACGCCUUCUCUAAGGUCCACAAGCCAGACAAGAGAUUUAUCGAAGUCACGGAAAGAGCAAACAAACUAGACGAAGAUCUUUCCCAUGUGGAGAAGAUUAUUGCCCGAGUGGUUCGGAGGGAGGGCGACUUGGAGUUCGACUAUACCGACUUGGCCACCAACAUGCGGAAACUCACGCCUCUGGAACCCACACUCGAAGCUCCCGUACAGACCUUCGCAGGCUGCGUGGAAGAGACGUCGAGGGGCUGGAAAGGCAUAAAGGAUCACACCGAUCAGAACUAUCUGGGCAGUCUGCGCGACAUGGAAGCGUAUAUCAAUUCUGUGAAGUCGUUACUCAAGACUCGGGAGCAGAAACAACUCGACUUCGAAGGUCUUACGGAGUACUUGCAGAAGGCGACGGCGGAGCGCGAUAUGCUUGCCUCCAACAAUCCAUACUCGCAUGGCUCCAACCUCAAUCCUGCCACCUUCAUCCGGCAUAAGGUGGAGGAUAUGAGAGGCGUCGAUCAUGAAACCGCGCGAAAGGACCGAGCCCGAAAAUUGGAACUGAAAAUCGCCGAGUUGAACCGCGAAGUCGAAAGCGCAAAGUCAACCAGUGAAAUGUUCGAUGAGCAAGUCGUGCGGGAAGUGGCAGACUUUGAGAGAAUCAAAGGCUUGGAAUUCAGAGAUACACUUGGAGCCCUUGCCACGCAACACAUGGACUUCUAUCAGAAUGUGAUCUCUACAUGGGAACGGUUUUUGGUGGAUAUGGAUGCGGACAAGCAUCUGCACAAGGAUAAAGCCAGGGCGGCGUCAUGA